GUUGCCCUUCGUUCAUGUAGUGGCUGGUGGAGCUUGUAGCAUUAAGUGACCACGAAAAUUUCCCCGUUUCGGACCUAGCAAUGAGCAACCGGCGGAAGAAGGCCAACAGUGAACGGAGGAGUGAUCAUGAAGCCCUGCUACCGGUAGCAGACGAUGAGGAGCACCACGAGAAGAGCGAUCUCAGGGGUGACUGGGGUAACAUAGCGAUUCUGUUCUUUCUUUAUCUUCUGCAAGGCAUUCCAAUCGGUUUGUCCUCGGCCAUACCGAUGCUACUACAAAACCGCGGAGCUAGUUACAGUCAACAGGCUGAGUUCAGUUUUGCCCACUGGCCUUUCAGCCUUAAACUGCUGUGGGCGCCGAUCGUCGAUUCGCUGUUCUGGAAGCGUUUCGGGAGACGAAAAUCGUGGCUCAUCCCAACGCAGUACCUAAUCGGGCUGUUCAUGUUGAUCCUCUCGCUCCACGUCGAUCGAUGGUUGGGGGCGGAACCGGGUGCCAAUGGGCACGCUGGCGACCACACGCUUAACAUUCCUCUGCUGACGGGCAUCUUUUUCAUGCUAAACUUUUUGGCCGCCACCCAGGACAUCGCCGUCGAUGGAUGGGCUUUGACGAUGCUUAAGCGCUGCAACGUGGCUCAUGCGUCUACCUGCAACAGUGUUGGCCAAACUGCCGGCUACUUCCUGGGGUACGUCGCUUUCAUGGCGCUCGAGUCGGCCGAAUUCUGCAACAGCUAUCUACGCCCGGUCCCAUCCGAUGAAGGGCUCGUCAAUCUAUCCGGCUAUCUGUGGUUCUGGGGGCUGGUGUUCCUAGUCACCACGACACUGGUGGCACUGUUUAAGCGUGAAGCUAACCCCACUGCCGAGCGAGGCCACGAGGAACAUCUGGAGCUCGACAUCAAACAAACCUAUCGUCUGCUGGUAGACAUUAUGCGAAUGAAACCGAUUCUGCUUCUCGUGGCCAUCUUGUUGACGGCAAAAGCAGGUUUUGCGGCCUGCGAUGCGGUAACAUCGCUCAAGCUGAUUGAUGCAGGCGUUCCCAAGGAUAAGCUCGCACUGCUCGUAGUGCCGCUGGUGCCGCUGCAGAUCAUUCUGCCGCUGGCGAUCAGCAAAUACACGACCGGUGGGCGCCCAAUGGAGGUGUACCUAAAGGCGAUUCCGUACCGGAUAGGAUUGACGAUAGCCGCGGCUGGUAUAGUUUGGAUUACGCCGGCGAUAGUGCGUAAUCACCACGUGCCGUACUACUACUACCUGUUGCUGCUUACCAAUUACGGUCUCUACCAGAUUGCUCUCUACAGUAUGUUUGUCGCGGUGAUGGCGUUCUUUGCGCGUAUCAGCGACCCAGCGGUCGGUGGCACGUACAUGACACUGCUAAAUACACUGAGCAAUCUCGGGGGCAACUGGCCAUCUACGGUCGUACUAUGGUUGGUCGAUCGUCUGACGUGGAAACAGUGCUCUAAUGCUCCGAGCAAUGAUUGUUCCGAUAGUGCGCUGAAAGAUGUGUGCACUGAAGCGGGCGGACAGUGUGGCAUCACCAUCGAUGGGUAUUACAUCGAAAUUGUAAUAUGUCUUCUGUACGGUAUCGCUUGGUACCGGUGGGGCAGCCGAAAAAUUCGUCACCUUCAGGAGAUGCCGCUCAAAGCGUGGCGCGUAGCGCGCAAAGCACCACGAGUGCACGACAGCUAGCAAUUAUUGCAACUAAUUUGACAAUUCCAUUCGCCUUAAUUGCCGCGAGCACUUUAGAGGAAUAUUUGGCAGACGCAACAUACGUUUGGGAGACAACGAUAAAAACUGAGGCUGCUAAAAGCGAAACACACGGUACAGGAGUACAGUGUAUCAUGCGAGUUUCAUUAAUAAGCGUAAAGUUGUACUUUUAUAACCGAAAGCACAUGGAUCGUGAAACGUAGAGUGUGACUGGCUUGCGGCCAGUUCAUAGAUUCCAUCAUUCCCACCACCGUUGAUCGUAGAUUGCGCGUGUAUAGUCUUCAUAGCGUUGUCCUUCUACUUCAAACCGUAGCACAAAUCAUUUUUUUAACUACCACUAAGAGCCAGGUACUAGUAGAAUAGUAGAGCGGAGUAUUUCUGCUUUGAGAGUCGUUUUUUCCAGCCACACAGACCCGCAGCGGGUUCGGGUUAUUUAUCGUGGCUUCAUGGGCCGGUACAGAGCUCCUGUAACAUUCGUGUUUGAAUGUAAUAAAGUAAGCAUAGUU